AUGACGGAAAAGAAACAACAACAAUUUGAAACGAAGGCAAUCGCAGCAAGAGAAGAAAGCAAAAACGAACAAACCAAAUCAAAUGUAUGUAAGGAAGGGGAAAGCAAUAGUGAGAGUGAAGCGACAUUGAACAACAGUGGGCGAGAUGAAAAGAGGGAUCCGUCAUCGUUAACAACAGCAACGACAACAACAACAACAACAACAACUCUUACUGAAGAAAAACAGAAUCCAGCUUCUGCUUGCGAUGAGCUGAAGAAAGAAGACCGUAAAGUCACAAAAGUAGAAGAAGCAGAAGAACAGGAAGGGCCCUCGCCUCAUCGCGUUAAAUUAUAUAAGAUGGGUAUCGAUACCAAUUGGGAAGAUAAAGGCACGGGCUAUUGUGUUUAUCAUUUGGGUAACAAUGGUAAAUCAGAUCAAAUCACUGUGUACUCUGAAGAAGAUAAUAGUGUUCUGCUACAGUCAACCAUACUCAAAAAGCGAUUAUAUCAAAAACAGCAAGAAACGCUCAUUAUUUGGUCAGAAGAUGUCAAUCAUGAUCUAGCGCUGAGUUUUCAAGAUCCCGAGGGUUGUGAAGAGAUUUGGCGACGCAUUCAUAAACUACAGAAUGGAAUUAGUUCGUCAUUGAAAGAUGAUACUGAGGAUAUGGAAGUAGUGUUGGUAAAAUCAAACGAAUGUACUUCUUUUUUUGCUGAUGAUGACGUUGUCGAUGAAGAUGAUAUUGACGAUAUGAAUGGACUAGAAAAUACCAGCAGUCAUAAUAAUAACAGUAGAAGAUCGUCUUCUUCCCCAGAUUACGAAUUAGAACUCCAAUAUACCAACCGCAAUCGCUUAACAACACCCAAAAAGAGAAUCACUUUACCUGAACCAGAUCUGUCUAAUUUGAAUGAAAUUUCAACAACGCUCUCGAAAACAAGGACCAUGCUCGAAAAGGAUAAGAUAGCUACAUUUGUAGCUGAACAGAAUUUUGCUUAUCUUGAUAAAUUGUUAAUGUUGUUUGAUACCUGCGAAGAUUUAGAAAGUGUGACAGACCUUCAUCGUUUAUAUACAGUAAUCAUGGGCAUUUUAAAGUUAACCGAUCAAAGUCUCAUUGAACAUCUCGUUGACGAUGAACAUCUGGAUACAUUCAUGGGUAUUUUAGAAUACAAUCCAUUAACACCCACCAUGAAGGCAACACAUAGAGAAGUCAUAAAGAAUCAUAGUUCAACUCAUCACACACUUUACAAGCUGCUACGCGAAGAUCGUAUAUCAAAAAAUGUGCAACAAACCUUUCGAUUGGGGUUUUUACAGCAUGUGAUACAAGAACAAGCGUUGGCACGAAAGCCACCACCGCCAAUCACAUCAACACCAUCCAUCAAUAGCAACGAAGAGUAUCAACAUAAGAAUGAUGAAGAGAACCAGGAAGAGGUUCAGGAAGUUAUCAAUUUCUUAAGCACGCUCAUCUCCCAAAACCAUGUGGAAUUCAUUAAUCAUAUACAAGUCACUCAGAGCUUUUUAAUUCAACUAUUUGAAGCUUAUCAAGAAGCUCAAAAACAGCAAUCGACUGUACGACAGGAUGAGAUUAUACAAUUAGUUGGACAAAUAUGCUACAUAUCGAGACAAAUGCAAAACUCUCUUCGUAUGGGGCUUUAUCGCAGUCUAGCGAACUUUGGCUUAUUUGACAUUAUGUGUAUUGCGUUGCGUCGAAAAAAGUUUAAAUCUAUGUUUUUGACGAUUCUAGAGAAUUGUGUGAAUGCAGAUGUAGCUAUGGUGCGAGGUUAUUUAAUAGAACAAGCUGAGGAACAGGCUCAAGUGUUACUUGACAAAAAUCCUAAACUUACAAAGACGAAACUAGGCAGUGAUAUAAAGGACGCAGUCGACAAAGCAGCAGUAGCAGCAGCAGAAGCAGCAAAGAAACCGCUUUUGAUUAAAGUUAUUGUAGAAGAAUUUGUAUCGGAUGGCGAUUAUGGAUCUAAAGUACAAUAUUUUGAGAUUCUAAAAUCUCUGUUGGAUUCAAACAACAGUAAUAGUACAACUUCUCCUUUGCUUAGCAGUACUAAUAGUGAUUAUCACAAGCAUUCACCAGCAAUGGAUGAUUUUAUACAAGACUUUUACGACGAACAUAUGAAAGUAUUGUUAAGCCCUAUUCAAAAGCUGGAUAUCAAACCCAUUUCCCUUAAGGGUCCUAUCGAGCCAUUGGAACUAACACCUGAUCAAGCCGAUUUAUGCGAGUACAUUUGCAAAUUUUUAUAUUUUGCUGUUAAAAACCAUGGCCAUAGAAGCAAAUAUGUUAUUUGCUCAACAGAUUUACUCGUGCGACUCAUGCAACUUUAUCGAUCAACCUAUGCAUCUUUGAAAUUAGCUGCUCUACGGUUCUUUCGGAUCUGCAUUUCUUUAAACGAUAACUUUUACAACCAAACCUUUGUGAAACACAACGUCUUUGAACCAGCAAUACGUGUUUUUCUAGAUACGAAUGGAAAAGAUUGUUUAUUGAAUUCAGCAUUCCUGGAAUUGAUAGAAUGCAUUCGAAAGGAAAAUAUGAAACCAUUGAUCCAUCAUUUGAUCACUCAGUUUGGCUCAGUGUUGGACACGAUUACUUAUAUAUCAACAUUUAAACAGCUCAAGCUAAAGUAUGAACAAAAUACAGAGCCAAUGAAAGAUACAAUGUUGUCUACAACGGGAGCCGAUAGUGCAAGCAAUAAAACAGGAAAACGCGAAGGGUGGGCUUCUUCUAUUGUUGAUCUUGAAGAAGAAGAAUAUUUUGCCACUUCAGAUGACGAUGAGGACGAAGGCCAGGAUGAUGUUUUGUUAAAGCGCAGUGAACCCAAGAUACCAAAAAUUUCAACGAAUGAUACGGCUUCUUUUAAAGCAUUGAAUAAGAGAGCGCUUGUAAACUACGAUGACGAUGAUGAUAGUGACGAUGACGUUGCUGAUGUUGUUGUUCAGGACAAUGGCAGUGAUCACAAGAUACAACAAGAGCAGCAACAAUCACCAACAAAUAAAAGAAAGUUCGAAGAAAUAGCAAAAGAAGACGUGACAACCGAAACAGCAGAGUCAACUUCUACGCCUCCCCCGUUGAAAUCGCGGAAAACAGAUGAAGACGAAGAUGAUGUCUUUGCUCGACGUUUAUCUUCCUCUUCAACAACCAAAAGCGGAUCAAUAUCAUCUGCCCAGCAAACUACCAAUACAGCACCUACCAUUAUUAACGCUAAUACCGAUACCAAUAACAAUAGUACUCCCUCGUCAUCACCAUCCGCUUCAGCAAAGUCUGGACCCAGAUUUGUGAUAAAAACAUCUCCUUUGAAACGGACGCGUUCCGAAUCUUUUGAAUAA